UUAUUAUGGGAGGGCAUUACUCCCAACAACUAGCUUUUAUGGGCUUAUCUUUUUUGGACUAUAAUGACUUUUCGAACCCCCUUCCUCCCCUCAGGACUUUUUAAUGACUGGCUCGGUUGAAUUUUCAUCCCCCAAUCAAGAUUCUUGUCGAAUUUUCAUAAUCAAAUGCUUUCCAAUCUUUACGUUUUUCGGAAAUUCUCAUCUUCUUAUUUAUCAUCCCUCAAUUCCAAAAUCAGGUCUUCCGUCCAGCAAGGCUGUUAUCGAGAGGUUCUGCGGUUACACUCCACCCUCAUCCGUUCCUCCCUCAAACCCGACAGAUUCAUCUUCCCUUCCCUUCUCAAAGCCUGUGCAGGCCUUCUCGAUCUCACCUAUGGAAGGAAGACCCACGCGGCGAUCGUCGAGAUGGGUCUUCAAUCCGAUCCUUACAUCGCCAGCGCGCUGAUCAAAAUGUAUGUGAAAUGCGGCUCGUUGAGCGAGGCCUUCCAUGUGUUUGAUAAAACUUCUGAAAGAGACGUAACCGUAUGGAAUUCGAUGAUUGAUGGGUGCUUUUGGUGUGGUUGUGAAGAUGAGGGCCUCUUUUUGUUCCGUCAGAUGCAGUUGUUGAGUAUCAGACCUGACGGGUACUCUCUCAGUAUCGUUCUUGGAACUUGUAGAAGUCGUUGUUCGGGCAUCGAGCAUGGAAAGCAGAUCCAUGCUUAUGUAAUUAGAAACGUGCUUGAUCGUGAUCCUUUUCUGGGGACUUCGUUAAUUGACAUGUACUCGAAAUGCGAGCGCCCGUUCGAUGCAUUACGAGUGUUUGAUAGAUUGAUCGUCAAGAAUGCUUCUACUUGGAAUGCAGUGAUUGGGGGGUUCUGUCUGAAUGGGUGGUUGGAGAAGAGUUUGGAGCUAUUUGUGUUAAUGAAGAAUGAGCGCUAUGAGCUCGGGUUUGUGACAUUUUCAAGUGUUUUAACAGCUUGCUCUCACGGAGAAGCUGUGAUUUUUGGUAAGGGUGUUCAUGGUGAUAUAAUCAAGGCAGGUUUUGAGUAUCAUCCUUUUGUCUGCACUUCCAUCUUGACUAUGUAUGCAAAGUGUGGGUUAAUUGAAGAUGCAUACAAGGUGUUUGAUAAAGUUCAAGUUAGAGAAAUUGAGUUAUGGAACGCGAUGAUCUCAGCUUACGUCGGCACUGGCAAUAUUGAUGAAGCUUUGGAUAUUUAUAUUCAGAUGAGAUUAAGUGGAUUAAGAUCUGAUUCUUUCACAAUUUCAAAUGUUUUAUCAGCUUGUAGCAUGAAUGGGUUAUUCAAUCUCGGGAGUAGAAUUCAUGGGGAAUUGAUAAAAAGACCAGUGCAGAGUAACAUGACUGUGCAGAGUGCAGUGUUGACGAUGUAUGCUAGAUGUGGAAACCUCGAUGCAGCUAAGUCAGUUUUUGAUACAAUUCAGGGAAGAGAUGUCAUAGCUUGGGGUUCCAUGAUUGUGGGCGCUUGCCAAAAUAGGAAAUUUGAGGAGGCUUUGGAUUUGUUCAAAGCAAUGGAGGUUGAACGAUUGGAGCCAGAUUCCACCAUUAUGGUGAGUAUAAUCAAUGCCUACACGGGUCUGGAAAGUGCAAAGUUGGGGUUUCAGAUCCAUGGGCACGUUAUUAAGAGUGGAAACGGAAUGGAUGUUUAUAUCAAUUGUGCUCUGAUAGAUAUGUAUGCGAAAUUUGGGUUACCAGAGUUGGCUGGAAUUGUGUUUUCCAGCAUGACGUGUAAGAAUCUUGUGGCUUGGAAUUCAAUUAUCUCUUGCUAUGCACGGAAUAGCUGUCCGGACUUGGCCGUCAAUCUUUUUUUGGAAAUUUCACAUCACGGUUUGAUUCCUGACUCGAUUUCUGUAACCAGUGUUCUUGUUGCGGUCUCUUCAUUAGCAGCAUUGCUAAUGGGAAAGACCAUACAUGGCUUCCACAUAAGGCAUGAGAUUCAAUCAGACCUUCAUGUUGACAAUGCACUCGUCGACAUGUACACCAAGUGCGGAUGCUUACAAUACGCACGCAGCUUGUUCGACAUUAUGCCACACAAAAACAUUGUAACAUGGAAUUCAAUGAUUUCUGGGUAUGGAUCUCAUGGGCAUUGCUCACACGCGAUAGAAUUAUUCAACGAAAUGCAGAAAUUGGAGGUAUCACCUGAUGACAUCACUUUCCUUGCCUUGAUCUCAUCUUGCAGUCACUCAGGGUUGGUGGAAGUGGGACAUGGGCUCUUCCACUCCAUGAGUAGGGACCACAAAAUUGUUCCUCGAAUAGAGCAUUAUGCAAACAUGGUCGACCUUUAUGGCCGUGCAGGGCGCUUGGAUGAAGCAUAUAAUUUCAUCGAGAGCAUGCCGAUCAAACCUGAUGAGAGUGUUUGGUUGUGUUUCUUGAGUUCAUGUAGAGCUCAUCGUCAGUUAGAGCUUGGAGAGUUAGCGGCCAAUUGUCUUCUCAAACUAGAUCCAGAAAGAAGCGGAAACUAUGUGCAGCUACUAAAUUUAUAUGGAGAGGCCGGAUUGUGGGAAAAGGCAGCCGAUUUGAGGGCAUUGAUGAAAGAAAGAGGAUUGAAGAAGAGUCCUGGAUAUAGUUGGAUUGAGGUGAAAGAUAGGGUUGAUGUAUUCUCUUCUGGGGAUUCCUCCUCUCCAUGGACGGCAGAAAUCCAUGCUACGUUGAAGAGUCUUAAGAGAAUCAUGGAUGAUGGUUGUCAUGAAAUUGUCUCCAUUUAAGGCCAAAAAGGAAAGCAAAGAAGAGUCCUAGAUGCAGUUGGGCUGAGGUGAAAGAUGGAGCUCAUAUAUUCACACUUCCGGGGAUUCAUCCUCUCCGUGGAUGGAAGAAAUCCAUGCUACAUUGAAGAGUUCCUGGGAGAAUCAUGAAAGAUGGUUAUUAUGGAAAUGUUUAUUUGAGAUCCCAAAACUAGGAAAGGAAGUUUUGA